AACAAGGUUAACUAAAAUAUUCUGGAUUCUAGCCCUCCAGGACCAGGAUAGAGAACCAAUGCAGUUUUGCGCUCCUUUUAACCCAAUCACUGAUGAUCAUCUGCUUUUACCUGCUGAUUCAACUCCUAAAUGUGUUCAAAUGAAAUGAAGAAGCUGAAUUUUUAUGUCCUCUGGUCUCUCCGCGAUGCACCUCGACAGUUCAGCAGUAAAUCGAGCCGAAGGUGCUUCCAAGCCCACAUCCCGCUACCUCUUCCCAAACAGCUGGCCAUCUUUGGGUUUGGAGAGUGGUGGUCCGAGGAGACCACACUCAAAGCUGAAGUUGUGGUUAGUGGAGAUGUACCUGCCCAAAGGAUAGGGACUCUGUCUUCUCACGUGAAGUGCUUGACCUGGGAGGGAGACUGGAGUGAUGACCUUGUCACAGUGGCUGCAGAGAAAGGCAGGAGAGGAAUGUAUGGCAAAAUUGUGCUGAAGAUCUGUGGAGAGGACUCUAGUGUCCUCAGCAGCACCCCUUUGGCUCAGAGGAAAUGUUUAUUUCCAGAAGAAUCCAACAAGACAGACCUGUCCAGCACAAUAAAUCAUACAACUGAAACGUUUGGUUUGUGCAAACGCCUUCAGAUAAACGACGACUCCUGCUUGGAAAGCCGUGUCGAGAUCCAAGAGAGCAAAUUGGAAACCAGUGACUCUCCCCAUCCUGCAGCUCGGCCUACAAAUUCUACACCCAGGCCCUUACUCACUACACAGCCAGGUUGCAUAACGUGGUCUUCUGAGCAAACGAAGAGAGAGGACGCAGCCGAGACUUUGUUCUCAAAGAAGAGGAAGUUGUCCUGGAGGAGCAGCCAAGAGGAAUUAUGUGUGCAGAUCAAAAAAGAGAACCGAGGAGCUUCAGCAUGUCCGUCAAAGCGUUGGAGCCAUACCAUGUGUCUGAGUGAUCCAGAUACAGCCAUCCUGAUUGGAGGGGAAACUUCAGAACAAAACUACUGCAAAGACUCUGUCUGGAAGCUUGAAUUAGACGGUGACCUCUGGUUUCCGAUGAACUCCUCUGCUUUUGGACCUGUACCCCCAUGUACCCGAGGGCACACUGCAACCUUUGACCCUGACUCAAAGACGGUCUAUGUGUAUGGUGGCCUGAAGGAGAGUCAGAGCUACUGGGAUCUGCACAUCCUUGAUACUCUGACCUGGAAGUGGAGGCUUGUCACUACAAAGGGGAAGGUGCCAAAUCUGGCAUUUCACUCGGCAGUGUUUUACAAAAAAGAGCUUUAUGUGUUUGGAGGAGUCCAGCCAGGCCAUCCACAGGGAGAUCAGUUGUGCAGUAACGCUCUUUAUAUCUUCAACCCUGAGCAUGAACUCUGGUACAUGCCCAUUGUGGAGGGGAGCAAGCCUCUGCCUCGCUUUGGGCACUCUGCUACACUUCUGGCUCAGAAAUUAGUCAUAUUUGGUGGACGGAAGACUUCUACCUACCUUAAUGAUCUUCAUGUCUUAGAUUUGGGAUUGAUGGAGUACACAGCUGUGAAGUGUGCAAACAUGCCACCUCUGCCUCGAGGCUUCCAUGCAGCAGUUCCAGUUUUAGGAAACCGGGUUUUGAUCAGCGGAGGCUGCAGUGCAGUCGGCGCUCUGCAGGAUGCACACAUCUUUAACGUUGACACCAGGACGUGGAGUUCAGUGGCAUCUCCACAGCUUUGCUGCAAACCCCGUGCUGGACACAGCGUGAUCAGUUUGGGCUGUGCCGUCCUAGCUGACUCUGAGGGUGAAAACGCGAAUACCAAGCUCACCUUGCUGGUGUUGGGUGGCUCCGAUUGUUCUGGUUCUUUCUACGAUGACACGACGAAGUGCAUUGUGGAGAUUAGUGGAGACAAUUGAUCAAAAGCAGCAACUUGUGAGAUUCUUAAUGGUCACUCAGGCACCCGUAAGCACUGAUUCCUGAGGUUUGACAUGUACAUUGUUUGUUCUUUAAAUGUUCUUAGGUUGAGGGUGAGAUUAAAAGUAAUAUUCUGAAUGGUUUUAUUUUUUAAAUGAUUUUAAAAAGGCAGAAUUCCUUCACAUCACUUUAUUAAAUGCUGUAAACAUCUCAAGCUUGUUGCCAUUUAAGCCCGGAGAUCAGCAGGGGUAUCUGGUUGCUGAGAGGGAUGGCUCACUUUAAAAGCUUCAAUCUCAAGUAAGGUCUUGUUUAAUCUUUUUAUCGUUGGAUACUGCCUUAAGUCCACUUUAAACCUGCAGAAAUGGAAAACACCAUUGAGUCAUUUGAAUUUAGGCAGGGUCAUUAGGAUCACUUCCUGUUCAGUUUGUUAAUAAAAAUUCAUAAAACCUCA